GCGGGGCCACCAUGGGCUGGGGCCGGGGCCGGGGCCGGCCGGACCUGCUGUGCGUGCUGGCGCUGCUGGCGGGCUGCCUGCUCCCCGGGUGCCGGGCGCGCGUCUACACCAACCACUGGGCCGUCAAGAUCGCCGGCGGCUUCGCGGAGGCCGACCGCAUCGCCAGCAAGUACGGCUUCGUCAACGUCGGACAGAUUGGUGCCUUGAAGGACUACUACCAUUUCUACCAUAGCAGGACGAUUAAAAGGUCAGUUCUCUCGAGCAGAGGGACCCACAGUUUCAUUUCCAUGGAACCGAAGGUGGAAUGGAUCCAACAGCAGGUGGUCAAAAAACGGACCAAGAGGGAUUAUGACCUCAGUCGCGCCCAAUCUACCUACUUCAAUGACCCCAAGUGGCCAAGCAUGUGGUAUAUGCACUGCAGUGACAACACACACCCCUGCCAAUCAGACAUGAAUAUUGAAGGAGCCUGGAAGAGAGGCUACACGGGAAAGAACAUUGUUGUGACCAUUCUGGAUGAUGGCAUUGAAAGGACCCACCCUGAUCUGAUGCAAAACUAUGAUGCGCUGGCCAGUUGUGAUGUGAAUGGGAAUGACUUGGAUCCAAUGCCUCGUUACGAUGCAAGCAAUGAAAACAAGCAUGGGACCCGCUGUGCUGGGGAAGUGGCGGCGGCUGCAAACAACUCUCACUGUACUGUGGGCAUUGCUUUCAACGCCAAGAUUGGAGGUGUGCGAAUGCUGGAUGGAGAUGUCACAGACAUGGUGGAAGCAAAAUCAGUCAGCUUCAACCCCCAGCAUGUGCACAUUUACAGCGCCAGCUGGGGCCCAGAUGAUGACGGCAAGACUGUAGAUGGGCCUGCUCCCCUCACCCGACAAGCCUUUGAAAAUGGAGUGAGAAUGGGGCGGAGAGGCCUUGGCUCGGUGUUUGUCUGGGCAUCUGGCAAUGGUGGGAGGAGCAAAGACCACUGCUCCUGUGACGGCUACACCAACAGCAUCUAUACCAUCUCCAUCAGCAGCACAGCAGAAAGUGGAAAGAAACCUUGGUACCUAGAAGAAUGCUCAUCUACGCUGGCCACAACCUAUAGCAGUGGAGAGUCCUAUGAUAAGAAAAUAAUCACGACAGACCUAAGGCAACGAUGCACAGACAACCACACCGGGACAUCUGCCUCAGCACCUAUGGCUGCUGGCAUCAUCGCGCUGGCCUUGGAAGCCAAUCCGUUUCUGACCUGGAGAGACGUACAGCAUGUUAUUGUCAGGACUUCCCGUGCGGGACAUUUGAACGCUAAUGACUGGAAAACCAAUGCUGCUGGUUUUAAGGUGAGCCACCUUUAUGGAUUUGGACUGAUGGAUGCAGAAGCCAUGGUGAUGGAAGCGGAGAAGUGGACCACAGUUCCUCAGCAACACGUAUGUGUGGAGAGCACAGACCGACAGAUCAAGACCAUUCGCCCCAACAGUGCUGUCCGUUCCAUCUACAAAGCCUCGGGCUGUUCCGACAACUCCAACCACCAUGUCAACUACCUGGAACACGUAGUCGUACGCAUUACCAUCACCCACCCUCGAAGAGGAGAUCUAGCCAUCUACCUGACUUCUCCCUCCGGAACCAGAUCGCAACUUUUGGCCAACAGGUUAUUUGAUCACUCCAUGGAAGGAUUUAAAAACUGGGAGUUUAUGACCAUUCAUUGCUGGGGAGAACGGGCUGCCGGUGACUGGGUCCUUGAAGUGUAUGAUACCCCCUCACAGCUGAGGAAUUUCAAGACCCCAGGUAAAUUGAAAGAGUGGUCCUUGGUCCUGUAUGGCACAUCGGUGCAGCCAUACUCCCCCACCAACGAGUUUCCCAAAGUGGAGCGUUUCCGCUACAGCCGCGUGGAAGACCCCACGGACGACUAUGGAACCGAGGAUUACGCAGGUCCCUGUGACCCUGAGUGCAGUGGUGGGGUUGGCUGCGAUGGACCUGGACCUGAACACUGCAACGACUGCUUGCACUACUACUACAAGCUGAAAAACAACACCCGGAUCUGUGUGUCCAGCUGCCCUUCUGGCCACUACCAUGCGGACAAGAAGCGAUGCCGGAAAUGUGCUCCCAACUGUGAGUCCUGCUUCGGCAGCCAUGGUGAUCAGUGUCUGUCCUGUAAAUACGGAUACUUCCUGAAUGAAGAAAUCAACAGCUGUGUCACUCACUGCCCUGACGGGUCAUAUCAGGACACCAAGAAAAAUCUUUGCCGGAAAUGCAGUGAAAAUUGCAAGACAUGCACUGAGUUUCAUAAUUGUACAGAAUGCCGAGAUGGAUUCAGCCUGCAGGGGUCCCGGUGUACUGUCACCUGUGAAGACGGACACUUCUUCAACGGCCUGGACUGCCAGCCCUGCCACCGCUUCUGUGCUACUUGUGCUGGGGCCGGAGCUGAUGGAUGCAUUAAUUGCACAGAAGGUUACUUCAUGGAGGAGGGGAGGUGUGUGCAAAGCUGUAGCAUCAGCUAUUACUUAGACCACUCUUCAGAGAACGCCUACAAGUCCUGCAGAAAAUGUGAUACGAGUUGCUUAACUUGCAAUGGCCCUGGGUUCAAGAACUGUACCAGCUGCCCCAGUGGGUAUCUCUUAGACCUAGGAGCGUGUCAGAUGGGAGCCAUCUGCAAAGAUGCAACGGAAGAGUCCUGGGCGGAAGGAGGCUUCUGUGUGCUUGUGAAAAAGAACAAUCUGUGUCAACGGAAGGUUCUUCAACAACUCUGCUGCAAAACAUGUACAUUCCAAGGCUGAGCGGCUAUCUAACUUUCUUUGUUCCUGUAGACUUAUAGAUUAUUCCAUAUUAUUAAAAAGAAAAAAAAGCCAAAAAAA